CAUCACGGCUGGGGCUCGGCUCCCUCCCAGCUCCGGCGCCUGCUCUUUGCACCAGCCCAGCCCCAAGCCCGGGCGGCGGCGCUUCCUGCCGGCUCGGCGCGAGAGGGAAGCUGCGAACCCCGCGACUCGGUGGCGGAGGCGGCGACGUCGCCAUGGACAGCCAGGGCCGCCGCGUGGUGGUCUGCGACAACGGCACCGGGUUUGUUAAAUGUGGCUAUGCCGGCUCGAACUUCCCUGAACAUAUCUUCCCAGCCUUGGUGGGACGUCCCAUCAUCCGUUCCACUGCCAAAGUUGGGAACAUUGAGAUCAAGGACCUGAUGGUGGGGGACGAGGCCAGCGAACUACGCUCCAUGUUGGAGGUGAACUACCCAAUGGAGAAUGGGAUUGUGCGCAACUGGGAUGACAUGAAGUACUUAUGGGACUACACCUUUGGACCUGAGAAACUCAAUGUUGACCCCCGCAACUGCAAGAUCCUGCUCACCGAGCCCCCCAUGAACCCCACCAAGAACCGAGAGAAGAUUGUUGAGGUGAUGUUUGAGACCUACCAGUUUGAGGGAGUUUACAUAGCUAUUCAAGCUGUGUUGACACUCUAUGCCCAGGGUCUCCUCACUGGUGUGGUAGUGGACUCAGGGGAUGGUGUGACACAUAUCUGUCCGGUUUACGAGGGCUUCUCCUUGCCCCAUCUCACCCGUCGGCUGGAUAUUGCAGGGCGUGACAUCACACGUUACCUCAUCAAGCUCUUGCUAUUGCGUGGUUACGCUUUCAACCACUCAGCUGACUUUGAGACAGUGCGGAUGAUGAAGGAGAAGCUCUGUUAUGUUGGCUACAACAUUGACCAGGAACAGAAGCUGGCCCAAGAGACCACUGUGCUUGUGGAAUCCUACACGCUCCCAGAUGGACGAGUGAUCAAAGUGGGGGGAGAGCGCUUUGAGGCCCCAGAGGCCUUGUUCCAGCCCCAUCUCAUCAACGUGGAGGGCGUGGGCGUGGCCGAGCUCCUGUUCAACACAAUCCAGGCCGCUGACAUUGACACCCGAGCCGAGUUCUACAAACACAUUGUGCUUUCGGGCGGUUCCACAAUGUACCCUGGGUUACCAUCUCGCCUGGAGCGCGAGAUCAAGCAGCUGUAUUUGGAGCGGGUGCUGAAGGGCGACGUGGAAAAGUUGUCGAAAUUCAAGAUUCGCAUUGAGGACCCGCCCCGGAGGAAGCACAUGGUGUUCUUAGGUGGGGCAGUGCUUGCUGACAUCAUGAAAGAUAAAGACAACUUCUGGCUGCGACGGGAUGAGUACUUGGAGAAAGGAACCCGUAUCUUGGAGAAGCUGGGGGUGACGGUGCGAUAGGAACCCUCCGCCCUUUCCUCCUUGCCUUCAUGCAUUGCCAUUCCCCUCAGGUCCUCAGUUCCUUCUCCUGUUGAGCCAAUGCAUUGCCGACUCUUGCAGGGGGUGUGUCAAUUGGGGCACUGAGGCUUGGGAUCAACAGAAGAACUGGAACUAGCUUCCGGUUUUCUAAGCACAUGCAGCUAUUUUAUCUCCUCCCUGUUUCCUCCUUGCUUUCCCCCUCCCAAGCCGCUUACCAUUAUGGGCAUGUGUUAGCAAUCUCAUCACGUCCAUCAGGCAGGGAACAAGAGUGUGUGUGUCCCACCCCCCAACAGAGGGGCUUCAGGGCUCCACACUGACCUCAAGUGGACCAAAGUCAGUCUUCCAGGAAGUUUCAUGUGACACGUUCUGUGGACCUCAACUGCCAGUCUCAGAGAAUCCCUUCUUCUACUAGCCUCCCUUCUUCUACUGAGCAAAAAGGGUGCAAGUUUCUAGACCUCGUGGCUGAGAGAAAAAUGCUUACGCACAGCUAAAAGCUCAGGGAUCUGGGAGACAAGGCUGAAAACCAGCCUUCGUUCUCCUUCAUUAUCAACUCAUGUCCAUCCCUACUCUCAGUUCUUCCAUGUUCUACAGAAUAGCAGAUUUUACAACUCCACCACGCAACUCUUACUUGCAUAUUCAAGGAUUGGCAGUCUUUGCUAAGAAGAAGGGUGGGGUUGAAUCAGGUACAAAAUGAGCCCUUAUGUUAUGGGGAGGAAGUUACUGUUACCCCUCCUCAUGAAGAUGGGAACACCACUCUUGCUCACCUAGAAACAUUGGCUUUUUUCAGCCAUAGGCACAGGGUUGGGUUUUAGCUUUGCCUGCUGGCAGAGAUUUAUACCAAGCAACUUUAUGAAGGAAUGAAAAGGAAUGACCCUAUACCUCUGCAUCCACAAAUGGAAACAUCAUACACAGGAAAACAGGUUCAAGGCCAAAAUUAGGAGGUGCCUCAUUUUGAGAAGGCUGCCAAUACCCCCAACCAACCCACCCCUGCUAAAAAUGGCUUUCCAAAGAAGUUGGGUGGCUAUCCAUUUACCUUUGCUUUCACAUCCUGCAUGUGAGCUCCCAAAGGCCAUUGCUUUCAUAUUCUGCAUGUUAACUCUCAAAGGCACCUGGUGGGCUACUGCAAGUAGCAGAGUGCUGGACUAGAUGGACUCUGGCCUGAUCCAGCUGGCUUGUUCUUAUGUUCUUAUACCUGCCUGGCCUCCCCCAUCUGUAAUGGCCACGUGAGUCACGAUAGGCAUAAAUCUAACAAGAAAGCAUUCCAAACCAGAUUGGCUGAGGAAACCUGCACCUAUUAACGGAACUGGAACCCCUUUGCGGAAGAGAAGGUGGCAACCAUCUUUUCCCCAUCCCUGGCAAAAAGCCUUCCUCAACAUUGCAGAUGCUGCUAUACCUUUCCUGUGCGCUCCCCCCCCCCCCCAAAAAAAAAAUUGCCUGUUUCUUACAAGGGGAAGAGAUGGCAGGACAAAAGACAGCAUGGGUUGGGACCACUUGCUGCCCCCAUACUCAGCUCACUUGAAAGCAGAAGUCACUCCUGGCCCUACUCAUUGACCAAACCUUGGGGGAUCCCAGCAGUAAUUGUCUGUGUCGCUUUCCCUCCCAUUAUCCAUAAACCUCUACUAUCUUCCCUCUUUUACAACAGGACAUCUGUUCCCCUGGUGGGGAUUACGGUUGCUCCCCCCCUUUUCAAUUUUAAUGGGGCAGAUUAAUGCGAGCAUUUUGCACCACGUUCUUUGUAUCAACUGCAGGGGAAGGAAUAUCACUUUCCUCCCCAUAACCGUUCCUGAAAAAAAAAAUCUUGAUUUUUAAAAGUUGAUUUGCUUUCCAAA